AUGAAAGAAAUAAAACGACAACGAGAAGAUGAUUUAAAAGAUAACGAUAACAAGAAGCAGAAGUUACAAGUAAAACCAAAUGACUUGAAUAAGUUCGAUGAUCUUAUUUCAUCUCAACGAAUAUCUUUUGAAUAUCUUGCUAAUGAAAUCAUGUACAAAAUCUUCGAAUACCUCAAUUUUCAUCAUAAAUAUAUUGCUUUCUCAGAUUUGAAUAUAAGAUUUGAAAAUCUUCUUCGAAAUUCUAAACAACAUAUCGAAGUAAGUUGUUCAUCAAUGUCAAAAUCAACAUUUGAAUAUUAUCAUAAACAAAUUCUAAUACCAAAUCAAUAUCAAAUGAAAUCUUUACAUUUAACAAAUCCAUUUAUAAUUGAUUCAAUUUGGAAAUCUUUAUCAAAUUUUAUUCAAUUAGAAAUUCUUCAUUUAAAUAAUGUUGAUAAAAGACAAUUGAAAAAUAUUUUUCAAGAUUUAAUUUCUUUACCAAAACUUUCUUCAUUAACUAUAUCAUGUAUUGAAAGUAUGAAAACUGCUAAUCAUUAUUUUCUGGAUAUUUUUCGAAUACCAAAUUUAAAAUAUUGUAAAAUGAAAUUAAUAACAUCUGCGCAUAAUGAAAUAUUACCAUUUUGUUCGAAAAACGCUAGUCUUAUUGAACAUUUCAUCAUCGAAGAUGGUAUUUAUCUUGAAAAUUUGAUACCUUUUUUAUCAUAUCUACCACAAUUACAUCGUUUAUCCAUUGAUCGAUUAUCCGGAAAAUUUGUUAACCAAAUAAAUAAUAGGAAUUCAAUUCUAUCAAAUAAUUUAACACAUUUAUCAAUUAAGAAAACAAUGAUAUCUAUGAAUUGUUUUGAAUUAUUUAUUCAAAACUAUUUUACACAACUUCAAGUAUUAAAUAUUUCACGAGCAUGUGCUGGAGAAUAUAUAAAUGGAUUUCGAUGGGAAAAAUUAAUUUCAACAUCGACACAACAUUUGAGAAUUUUUGCUCUUCAAAUCAGUUUUAAAACAAAUGAUCCGUUGAUGAGAGAAAAUAUCAUUCAACAAUUUCAAUCUCCGUUUUGGCAAGAAAAACAAUGGUUUUUUGUUUGUAGUUCAUAUUCAAUUAUGUUUGAUUCAUAUAUUAAUUUAUAUUCAAUUAAUCCAUAUCGAAAGAAAUAUUUUUUACUCGGAAACGAAAAUACUACUGAAAUUGAUUCGAUGACUUCUGUUAUUCAUCUAGAUAUACAAUGUGAAAAUGCAUUGAUGAAUUGUCGAACUUAUUUUCCUAAUGUUACUAAACUCACAUUUGCCUGUAGUGAUAAUGAGGAGAAGAACAAAGUAUCUUUAUUACCAACCUUAAAUCAUAUUCUUCCUGUAAAACAACUGACGACAUUACAUUUUGUUCGUUUUUAUCAAUCAUUAACUUUAAUUUAUAAACUAUUAACUAUUGCAUCUAAUGUUCAUACAUUGACACUUCGAGUUGGUGGUAUAUCAGACAAAGACGCCAUGUUAAAUCAACAAAGUGAAAAAUUUCAAAUAAUAUCAAAAAUAAAUCAUGUGAGAAAUAUUUUUAUUUAUAAUCGUUGUCAAUUGGAACACAUUGAAUUUCUUCUUCAUCUUUGUCCUCGAAUAGAAGAUCUUUCUUUUUCUAUGAAUUCAAAUAUAAGAUCGUGGUUAACAUUUUUAUUAUCUCAAGAGAAUGAAAAUACUCGUCAUCUUCAUUCAAUACGUGUGACAGAUACUUCAAAAUAUGAUUUUAAUCGAAUUAAAACGAUCGUUCAAUACAAUAACUUAUUGAAGAAUAAUAUGAUAAAGUAUAUAUGUCAUUGUAAAACAACUUUCAUAUGGUGGUGA